AUGGGGGCGGGCACGCCGCGGGACCGGCCGCGCCCGGCGGCGGCGGCGACGGCGACGGCAAGGCAAGCCGGGGGAGCCGGGGGACGACAGAGCGCCCCCGCGCGGCCUCCGAGACACGCCCCGCGACACGGCUCCGGCUGUGCCCCCCACGCGCACACACGGCCCCCAACAACGAGCCCCCACCGGGCGGAGCCGCGGGCGGCGGCCACGGAAGGGAAGAACGGGGCCCGCCGCUUCAAUUCCCCCAAAGCCAGGCGCGCACAGGCGCACCGGCACGGGACCGGGUCCCGGUCGGGAGGGGGAAGGAAGACGAAACGGACGCCGGCUUCCACGACCGGGCGAGAGCAGCACCCGCGGACGCCAGGGGAGGCACGGGAGGGGACCGAGGAGGAGGCGGGAGGGCGGCCAGGGGACCGCCGUGGCACGCGCGAGCUCGGAGGGCGAGCCCUGGCGGGCAGGGCUCGACCCCCCACGGCCGACCGAGCGACGCCGCCGCACGGCGCGCGCGCAGCGGGAACGGACCGGACCCGGCAGCUUGCGGCGACCGCGGGACCGACCGGCGGACGGGGGAAGCGUAGGCAGCGAACGGCGGGCCGCAGCGGCGGCGGGCCCGGGGCACGACAGCGGCAACAACCGCCGGGGACGGCGCGGAGGCGGGGCCCCCGGAGCAGCGGCGGCAGAACCGGCCGGCAGAGCGAGCGAGAGACUCGGUCGGGAAGGCAACGGACAGACGGGCGGAACGGAGGAGGAGAGCAGAGCGGGAGGGCAGAGAAAAGCGCGCCCGCGGCGACCCCGGCCCCGGCCGCCACGCGCGGCCGAGCGGGCGAGGCGGGGGAGGGAGAGGCGGACCACAAAGAGGCGGCGGUGCGUACGCGGAGGCGUUGCCGAGCCCGUGUGGGGGGAGCGUCCCCCGCGCCCGAAACCCGAGGCGGGGGGCACAAAGGCAGCGGCGGGCCAGACACAAGAGAAGAGGGCCCCGCGAGAAAAGCCUCGCGAGGCCGACCCGGCCAGACGCGACCCCCCGAACGGGCGCGACUCCGCUCCCGCCAACGCCACCCGCCGCCGGCGCGGACGUGCCAACCCCCACGAGGACAGAGCCGGGCGGGGGAGGCUGGCCGGCAAGCUACGGGCGAGCGAGACACCCUCCAGAGGGGAGGGGCCACCCAGCGGCCUUCUGUCCCUGCAACGCGACGGGACGGGACCGCGACGGCCGCGGACGCGACGUGCGCGGGGCGGGCGAGGGUGGUCACGACCAGGGCACCGGAAGCCCAAGGCCCUCGGACACGACCGGGCCACCGGGAAAACACGCGCGGGAAUCCCACCGCCCAGCCACAAGGGCGGUCCCGCAAACCACGGCCCGGGACGCCGGCCGGCCCCGUCAGCCGGGAACCAGCCCCUCAAAACCUCCGGGGAGGCGCGCACACGCCCCCGCCGCCCGCACGCACAGCGCGAACCCGACGACCGCCGGGGAAACCCCGGCCGCGCCAACCGCCAAACCCCGCCGCCACGGCCCGCCCGACCGCGCCCGAAGGCGGGGACGGGGGACGCGAGGCCGGCCGGGGCACGCUUUUCUCACUCAAACCGAGGGCCUCUCUCGGCGCUCUCAGACCUUCUCCGACCGGGACCGUCCGCCGGAAACCCCCUUCCGGGUUCCCACGGCUCCGCACGGCAGAGCCCAGCCGUCGGCUCCGGGGGCGGCCGACCGACCGCGCGACCCCGGGGGAAGCACCGCGCCUGAACCCCGGGCGCCGCACCGAGGCGGAACCGCCGAGCGCCACCACACACCACUUCCCCCCGCGGCGGCCCGCAGCACCCCCGCCGGCUGCGGCGACUCGCCCCGGGGACGAGGAGAGGAGAGGAGAGGACGGGCGGGAGAGGCGUACACGCCGCCCCCUUGCUCCGGGAAAGCGCAUCCCCCGCGGGGGCAAGAGCGGGGCGGCCCCCUCUCUCCGCGCCUCGGCAAGGGCGAACCCGUUGCCUCGGCGACGACCACGCCAGCACAGCACGCGCGUCCCGAGAAAGCCCGGAAGCCCCUCGCCUCGCCGACCGUAG